GAAAGUUCUCGUCAACGAAAUCCACCACGUUCCGAAUGGCUGUGAACUGUCGUCAUCGGGUGGAGCCACGUGUUGAUCCGUACUACUUCGGUAAUGCAAUCCAGAGCAUCCCGACCGUUGCUUCAGCAGGGGAGAUAUUAUCGCAUGAUUUACGAUGGUGCGCCGCUUUGCUACACCGAAAUGUGGUGGAAUUUGACGAUGCUACUGUGCGCCAUAGAGUGGAGGAUUGGGAGAAGAACCCAGGGUGUUUCCCGUUGGGGAACUUCGAUGGUGGAAUGAUCACUAUGGGAAGCUCUCCUAGAUUCCCUAUGUACGAUAAUGAUUUCGGGUGGGGCCGGCCGAUGGCAGUUCGAAGCGGUCGAGCCAAUAAAUUCGAUGGGAAGAUCUCUGCGUUCCCUGGGAGGGAAGGUGGGGGAAGUGUAGAUCUUGAAGUGUGUUUGGCACCUGAAACUAUGGCUGGGUUGGAGAGUGAUAUGGAAUUCAUGCAAUACGUAUCGUGACUCGUGAGAGAAAUUGUGGGCGUAGCAUAUGCCGCCGCUUGUACUAUGUGUUGUUAGUGUCGUAUUUUUAGGAUGGAUGUGGUUUUGUACUUUUGUGUAUCUCUUUGUUUCAAUUGGAUUAAGGAAAGAAAAAUUAAAAGUAAACGGCUAAUGAAUGCCUCGGAA